AUGUGGUUCGUGCUCCUGCCAAGCAAGAUGAUCAUUAUAGCAAAGCCGGUGAGUAAAGGAUGCUGUUCCAAGGACUCAGACCGCCGGAUGGCCAGGAAGGCGCCUAGCGGCAGUGGACCGCGUCUGACCAGAGCUCCUCCAACUUCAAACACCAUUCAAUAUUGCCCGGCUACACGAGAAACGGUCAACCGUGGGGCUGGCGACCGGAUGGCUUAG